AUGCCGCCGCACAUGAUCCCCCACCCGGCCACGCCCCUGCACCUCUACCGUCACCUCCUCCGCGAAGCUUCCUACCUGCCCCUCCUCUGCCGACCAUGGAUCACUUCGCGCAUAACGACACGAUACCGCGAGUGCGAGCACUCAAGCGGCCAGCGGGCGGCGAAUCACAUCAAGUCCGCGCACGGCAAGCUGCGGUACCUGCGCUCCGCCAACGCGGGCAACGUGGAGCGGCUGCUACACCUGUGCUACUUGGCGACCGGCCGCCUAGGCAAGCGGCGGCGGGUUCUUGCGAAAGAGACGCUGAUGCGCGAGCCUCUGAUGAGCAGCGCCGAUCUUGAGGCCGAGUCCGAGAACGAGCGGCCAAAGCACAGGAAACGAAAGGAAAAGGACUGGCUGGACAACUGGGACACGUCGAAGCUCAGAGCAGUCUCCAAGUCGCAGCUCGAGAAGAAGCCGCGCGGCAAGGGAUUUGAGAUGCGGCGGGCCUGGGACCCGGAGCUGUGGAAGGUGCGGGAGACCUGCCGCGGAUUCACGAUUCGGGAUAGUCAGGUGCGCGCCCGCGAGAGGAGAGGGUACAGGCUCAAUUUCAAGACGCUGCUCCCGCCGCUGCCCAACCACGAGUGGGAGCGGCUCGAGGCACUGGCCACCGGCAAGGGCGCGCCGGAGGAGUACGUGCUGCCACCGCGGAGGCCUGUCGCGCGGAGCAUAAUCGCACACUCCUCUGGCGGGAAGGGCGAAUCUAUCAGUACCCCAGGACCAGGUCUAUCGUGGAUGGACAUCAUCUCCAAGCCGAUGCGGAAGCUCCAGCACCCGGGCUCGCGCAAGAUGCAGUCCCUGUCCGGCCGGAGCGACCUCAACCAAGACCCGCGCGGGCCGGGCCGACCCAUCGACACACGGGUCGUCACGCCGCGCCUGCUGCAGCGCAUGGUGUACAAGCCCGUGUGGGAGGCGAGCGCGCGGAUGAACAGCGAGAGGGACAAGAAGACGGGACAGCCCAGGCACCGGCUGCAGUGGGGCCGGGUGCCCGUCACGCUGAGCCAGCCGUCGAGCAAGAUGCUGCCGUUCUUUGAAGGGGUCAACGACUUUGGCGGUUUCAAGGCGAGUUCUCCGGGGCUGAAGGGUCGGCUUCCAGGAGAGGGGCAGCAAUGGAGAGCGAGGGAGGGCAAGUAUCGGCACCUGGGACCGUCAGCACCUUAG